AUGAACUUUAGUAUAUACAAUAUCUUCCGUAACCAAACUGGUGGAUUUCAGCCUGUCGGUUGGCAACCGGAGCCAGAAGUGCGGGGGACUUGGUCUAUUUUGUCGAGUUGUAUUGUCACGAUGCUGCUCUGCGUCUGGACUGCUAUGUAUCUUAACUUGCCCGAAUAUACGGGCACAACUGCUCAACGUCUCCGCAAAGUAGGGUGGCUUAUUCUGGGGCUUCUAGCACCUGAGAUGGUAGAAGAGUCUGAACGCUUGGGCUUGACUCCUACUCAAGAAACAAUAAGACACCACAAGUGGACGAACACCCAUAGCCUUUAUGCGAUCAUGGGAGGUUUUGCAUUCUCAACCGAAAAUCUGGAGCAAAACUUUUUGCGGGGAAGCCCAGCCCGACAAACUAUUACAAUCUCUGGACUUACCCUUCUAGCCAAUUGUAACCCCAACAGUAUCCCAGAUUUAAGCGAAGAAGAGAUCGUUGACAAGAGUAAAGCCGACGGCCUAAAGAAACUUAUUUUAUGUAUCCAAGCCGGUGGCUUUCUUAUCUCUACCAUCUUCCGUAUGGCAACGGGAUAUACAAUAUCGCUCCUGGAGUUAAACACUUUCGCUCACUGCGUUUGUGCUCUGAUGGUAUACGGGUUUUGGUGGUCAAAACCUUUAGAUGUACAAGAACCGACUCUUAUCUCUAUAGCGGAUAAUCGCGGCCUAGUGGCC